CAGCAGCCUCUCAAUCGGUCAGUCAAGUGACAGUUGCGUGGUCAUCUGUUGUGAUAACACCAACGAAUAAGUAGUUUCGGCCCCAGACGGUAGUGAUGCAGCUGGUUAAAGUGGUUGCACUCGGUGCAGUCCUACUCUCGACGGCCCUACCCAACACCCAAGGAGGGCUACCGUUGGUAGUGACUACCUGGAGAUUCCUAAACGCGACUCUUCGAGCUUAUCAAUCGCUGACGGUCGGUGAGUUCGAUCCAAUCGAUGCGCUGGUCGAGGGAUGCAGUGUCUGCGAGCGAGAGCAGUGCGAUGGAACGGUCGGUUACGGGGGCAGCCCGGAUGAGACGGGCGAGACGACGCUCGAUGCGAUGCUGAUGGACGGGACUACGAUGGAUGUUGGGGCGGUGGCGGCAUUACGGGAGGUGAAGCAUGCGGCCGCCGUGGCCAAGUACGUGUUGCGUAACACACGGCACACGAUGCUGGCCGGCAGCCAGGCGACGGACUUUGCACUGCAGAUGGGCUUCCGGCGGGAGACACUGCAGACCGAUGCGUCACGGACAAUGUGGGAGCAGUGGAAGGCUAACCAUUGCCAACCAAACUUCUGGAGGAAUGUCAUACCCUCCCCAUCGAUGUCCUGUGGCCCGUACGAACCCGUUUCAGCCAAUGCCGUGCGCAACAAUCGGUUGGAGGAAUCAUCGGAAGCGGAUCGAACAGAUUUCCGCUUCGGACGCUACAAUCACGACACCAUCAGCAUGAUCAUUAUCGAUCACGCGGGCCAUGUGGUAGCGGGUACGUCGACGAAUGGAGCGCGCCACAAGAUUCCGGGCCGUGUCGGUGACUCACCGAUACCGGGCGCUGGCGCUUAUGCUGAUUCGGAAGUCGGGGCAGCCGUAGCUACCGGUGAUGGGGAUGUUAUGAUGCGGUUCCUGCCCGCUCUGUUGGCUGUGGAGGGGCUAAGGAAUGGGCUGGAUCCGAAUGAGGCUGCAGCGCAACAGAUCAAGCGGAUCGUUAAAUAUUAUCCCACGUUUACGGGGGGAAUCGUGGUGGCCACCAAGGAGGGACGGCAUGGAGCGUCAUGUAAUGGAAUGGCGGAGUUCCCGUACUCUGUCGCCGAUGGAACGGAUUCGGAGGGUGAGGUGAAGGUGUACACGGUCAAGUGUGUCUAGCAGCCCACGUGGACAAUCGGUUACUCAAGAAUAAAUGGAAACCAACAGCAGAAAUUAACACAAACAAAAGCCACGUG